AUGCCUACCACCCGUGAGAUUGAGCGAAUGUCGGCUGAUCUUCCCAAAGAAGAUACAUAUAUCGUUACCAAUGUCAUCACGGUUGAUGUACCUCUGGAUUUUGUCUGGGAGAACUUGCCCAAAAAUCUCGAUUUCAGUCAAGUGAUGCAGCCUUACGGCUGGUUGCCCGGCGCAUGGACAUGGGAGACAUCCGAGAACUUCAACGAAACGGGCUCCAGUAUCACAUAUACCAUGACGGACAACAGUACGGUCGAGGAGACCAUCAUCAAGCGUGAUACGGCCUCUCGUCACUAUGUCUAUGCCUGCUUGCCGCCGAUACCGGGUUUCGAUUUCUGGCAGGGUAACUUGUUCUAUAAAGAUGCCGGAAAUGGAAAGACGACUGUGAUUUGGCGGUAUUGGCUGAAGCCAAAAGACAAUUUUCUCAGCAAGAUCGUCGUUGCACGCCUUUUAAAGCUCUUUAUUUGGAAAGGGUAUACUGUUAAGGCUGCUUCGGGUAUGAAGUCUGAAAUCGAGAGAUUAUAUAUCCACCAGAAAGGGUGA